GAAUGAAUUUUGAAGGUAGAAAAGAUUAGGAGGGUAGCUUUAUUAUGCUUGUCAGAAGAUUGGGAAACUUACAAAGCUAAAGUAGUAUCUGCUCUGAAUGGUUGAAGGACCUAGUUGUUGAAUACGGUUUCAGACUCCUUUCAAAUGGAAAAAAAGUAUGCCUUUAUCCUUAUCAAUCUGGCACUUUUUGAAGGACGUGGACCUGUAAUGGUCAAUAUAGAGGAGAAGUGUUCAUCUAGAUACCCCAUUUAGGUUGAGUUUAAAGUUUAGAUGGGGUUAUUUAGCUUUCAGGAACAAUAACCAUUAUUAGUGUCUUCGGCAUUUUAAACUAUUCUGUUCUAGUUCCUGUUUUGUCUACUGAUUCCUCAUAUUAGUCUUUCUUUCUUUGAGAAGAAACACUUCUCUUUGGUUAUUGUACUGUUACUAUCUUUUGGCAGGCUAUUAUUCAUGAAGUAAUUGAUAUAGACAAUGAUGAAGAGUCUGCUGAUGUCACAAUCCUUGAUGUGAAACCAAACACAAAGGACAAGGGGAAGGCAUUAGAAAAUAGCUCUGGUGGUUAUGGUAAUCUUCAAGCUAAGGAUUCUCUGGGAUCAACAAACCAGACUGAUCCUCCAAAGCAUUCAGGCUUAAGGUCACAUAAUUUAGUUCUUGCUGAUUCUCAGUUAUCCUUUGAUGAGGAUUAUAUUGAUCUUAUGGAUGUUGACGACUUGGCAAUCAUACAAGCUCAUUUUGAUAGUGUUGAUCUUCCUGCUGGUGUAGAGGCACCAAUCCCUUGGUUUCCAGAUUUUUCUCCCAGUAAAAGGAAAGCUUUUAAGGGAAGUAGUUCAUCAGGUGAUCAUGGGAGAGGAUCGGUGAAACCUUGGCCAUUUGGGUCAUCGAAACCUUCUCAGAGUGACAAUAAGGUGCCUUCAGUUAGUAGUUCAAGCUUGCCAAACCCAAUCAAUGCUUCAAUUCAUCCUCCUGUGCUGGGUCAGCCUUCACCAUUCCCACUCAUACCACCUCCAGGAGGUUCCAAAAAUGAGAACAAAUCAGCUGUUUCAAAACUUGGAGGGAGUAAUCUAAAUCAUUCAUUCAUGCACUCUUCUUUAGGUAGUUUUUCAACCAAUGCAAAUUCAUAUCAAUCUGGUCCAAUGAUGCCCCCUUUUGGAGUUGCGCCACCUACCUGGGGACAAGGUACUCUGCCUGGACAGACUACGGGUGUAGCUAGCGGUUCAUCUUAUCCAGAAGUGUGUUUUGAUGAUAUUGACUCACUGGAUGAUCCUUUGUUUGUUCAACCUGCUAUGUCUUGGUGGAAGCAGCCUUGGGAGUCCAUUUCAGUUUUAAAUAAUCUUAAUUCUCAUGUAAGUUUUCAUGAAAAAAAUGAUGGAUCAGAUAUCACUCCUCAAGAACUAGCGGACAUUAGGAAUCAGAAAGCUGUAAAUGAGGAAGACAUUCUCAAGAAGUUCAAACUUUUUAAAAAGUUUGAUACUGUUGAAGAUUUUUCAGAUCAUCACUAUAGUAGUAAGGGAGUGAAGCAGCCUGCAAAGAGUUGGGUCAAGAAAAUUCAGGAUGAGUGGAGGAUUCUAGAAAAUGAUUUGCCUGAUACCAUAUUCGUUAGGGUUUGUGAGGCAAGGAUGGAUCUUCUGAGGGCUGUAAUUAUUGGAGCAGAGGGUACUCCUUACCAUGAUGGUCUCUUUUUCUUUGACGUGUUCUUCCCUGCUAGCUACCCUAAAGCACCUCCGAAUGUUUACUACCACUCUGGUGGACUGAGACUUAAUCCAAAUCUGUAUAAUUGUGGUAAAGUAUGCCUUAGUCUUCUUAACACCUGGUCUGGUGAUAAGAAUGAAAAGUGGAUCCCUGGUACAUCUACCAUGCUCCAAGUUCUAGUCUCCAUUCAAGCUCUAAUCUUGAAUCAGAAGCCUUACUUUAAUGAGCCUGGUUAUGCAAAUUUGAGUGGCACACCACAAGGUGAAAUGAUGUCCCAGCAAUAUAAUGAGAAUACGUUUAUCUUAUCACUAAGGACAAUGUUUGCCCCACUCUGCCCUUGUGCACGCGCUGACUUUUCUUCCCAUUCUUCAUCUUCUGCUUCAGCAAUGAUGAAUCCUUCAACCUCAACGAUGUUUUUCUUUCUGUUCUUCACCAGUUUCUUCAUAGAGCAUGUUUCAUCCACUGCAACUCAAGUAUCUGAUGAUUAUUGCUCUUCAUUCUUCCCUGACGUUACUCCCGGCUCUGGAUUUGGCAGUUACAUGAUUGAAAACGAGACUGCUCAUGCUGGUUUUUACCUUGGUGGGAAUCCAAAUCCAAAUCCAGAUCUAAGCUUAACCAGCGACACAAACGCGUUUUCAUUCAGCAUCUCUUGGACACGUAAGACUAACAAAGAUGAUGUAUUGAUGAUCGGAGCAACGAUGGUCCCCGGAAGUCCUCUCGUGUCAGGAAGUUAUUUUCGGCCAGAAGUUUCAAAUUCCUGGUUACAAGGCUUCUGGUCAAUAUCUUCUGGGAAGCUUUGUGUGGUUGGGACAGUUGCUUUCUUUGUAUCAGGUAAUCAACACUCUCCUGCUGCUGGUCUUAAAGUUAAUAAUUUUAAGAAUUCGAAUAGCAUCACUUCCUUGAUUACUGGAACUUUAGAGUGCUUGAGCUCUAGUCAUGACAGAAACUGUUUUGAACCACUUUCCGUAUUGAUGAUUCCACGGUUGGGUUAUGAGUACACCCUUGUGCCGGGGAAGUCUGGAGACUGGUUCUCUAGUGGAAGUGAUACCGAGCAAAACUUACCUCUCAAUACACUUCCAGAAGGAAGGUUUUGCGAAGUAGUCUCAGGAGUUGAGAAUGUCUAUUUUUUGAAUUAUACAAGUACUUGCAGCUCUGCAAAGAAUUGCCUUCCUUUUAGUGGGGUGGUUGGUUCUUUACCUGCUUUUGUUUCUUUAAGAAGAAUAGAAUGCUUGGAGGUAAACAAGACAAUCCGUGUUUUGGUCGAAUUUCUUAAUUAUAGCUAUGAUGGCUUCAGUUCCCGCUUCAGCUCCAGCUGGUUGUUCAAUCUCAACAUGUCAAUGAUUGGAGAAGGAUUCUGGGAUGAUAAGAAGAAUGUGCUGUAUGUUUCUCUUUGCCAGUUUUUGGGCAUAACAGAACCCUGGUCUAAUGCUCAUAUUGGGGAUUGCACAGCAAGGUUGAGCUUGAGGUUACCUGCAAUCCUGUCAAUCAAACAGAAUAGCAGAUUUCUGGGGCAAAUUUGGAGCUGCAAAACCUUGACUGAUUCAGGUUACUUCGACAGAAUAGAGUUUCAAAGCACUGAGGAUGUAAUUAGAGAGGUCCCUGGUUUGAAGUAUGAGUACUCUGAAAUCAACAGGGUAAAGAAUCUGUGCCCAACGAAGGCAGGUGGAAACAAGGAGGAUAUAUACCCAAGUGGUUAUUCUAAUUUUAUAGAUUUUCAUAUGAAGAUUAAAAAUUCUAAAGGGGAAAGAGGACGGGGUUUUGCUAGUCCUCUUUCUGUUGGUGAUCGGAUCUACUGGCAGGGUUUUCCCCUGGUAGCUCUUCCUCCCUUAAGUUCUGCAACUGUAGUGCCAUCAAGUCGGGAAAAUAGUGGUCCUGUGAAUAUCAGCUACAAGAUAGACAUAACAACUGAGACAAGAGUUGGGAAUUGUUAGGGAUAUGAGGUGUAGGACAUGUGGAAUAGAUCUUAAGGCUUUUA